AUGACUAAUUAUAAUUAUGGUUAUGGUCGUAAUAUUAUUUAUGAUUUUCAUGAAAUUGAAUUAUGGUUAAAGCAAAAACUGAAUAAAUGUAAAUUAAUCGAUACAGAAACAGUAAGACAAUUUGAUCUAUUUCAUUGUCAAUUUGCAACAUUUGAUACUGAACCAAAUUUAAUUAUUAAAAUACGUGAACAUAUACAACAAGAAGAAUUACCAAUAUUGAAACAAGAAAAAUUAAAAGAUUUUAUAACAGAAAAUAGAGAUAAUUUAUUAAAAGUAAUUGGUUCACUCGAUCAUAUCUUCACCUAUUUACAAUAUACAUCAACGUAUGAUAAUAUGACAUUAGGUGAAUUUAUAGAAACAAAAAUAAUAUGUUUAAAAAAUAUUCCAGAAUUAUUAAAAAAUGAAAAUGUGUUGGUUGGAACAGCUUUAGCAAAUACAAAUUUCGAUAAAUAA